CGUGUUUGAAAACUGUGCCGGCAUUAUAAUAGUAUGGUCGUGUAUAGGUAGUAGGUACCUCUAUUAUACCUACCUAAUAACUCUAAACUUACCUGGACGACCGCAGGUUAUUAAUUCUUAGUUAUUCGUUUUCUCUAUCCCUUUGCCAUUUGCCGCCGCUUGUUUUCAAUUAAUUGCUAUAAACAAAAAACAAAAAAAAAAAAAACAGUGUAACGAGUGUAUUUUAAAUUAAACUAUAAUAUAGUAACUAGUGAGUGAAGUGACAUCGUACAUCUUUAGUAGUCGUCUUUUUUUGUCUUCUCCUUUCUCUUUUGUUUUUUCUCGUUUUACAUAAAUUAUCAUCCUUAUACCUACCACAUGGAACGUAAUCAAUUAGUGUUGCUGUGCAAAGAACUCUUUCGACGUUUGAUAUCCGUAAAAAUCAAAACGUAUGCACUAUUGAUCGCAAUGGGUUUGGUAGAAUUCGGAAGUAUUCCACACUUGCAAAGCAUCGGCUUUUUUUGCGGGGAUCCCAAAAUAAGCUACAAAUACAGAGGCGAUACUGUGGAGUCUCACGUGCUUAUACUGGUUACGCUCAUAAUACCAUACUUGGCCGCAAUGAUGACCGAAUACUUCACGAAAGAAAAAAACAAAUUUGAUUCUGAACAGUAUGAAUGGCUUAAAGAAUCGUUGCGGUGGUAUCGGCAGUAUAUCUUAGGACUGAUAUUCGUAUUUUUUAUAACAGACGUCGGCAAACUUCUGAUUGGUGAACCAAGGCCACAUUUUUUAGACACUUGUCUUCCUAGAGAAGCCGAAAACUGCACUAAUAGGUAUAUCGAUCGUUAUACGUGUACGAACGAAAAUCAAAGCACAUAUAUCAUACGAGAUGCCAGCAAGUCAUUUCCAUCGGGCCAUGCUUCCAUUUCAGUUUACGGAUCAAUAUCAUUAGCUUGGUAUCUACAUAACAAAUGCAAAUCGCGUUCGUUGCUGUUAAUGCCAGUCUUACAAGCGAUGUGUCUGCUCUGGGCCAUGUUCUGUUCUCUAACUAGAAUCACAGAUCACAGACAUCAUUGGUGGGACGUGUUGGCUGGUUCAAUAAUUGGAAUUGUGAUCUCCACUUACAUUAACGGAUUGUUUGACAGACAAAAAAACGAUAACAAAUCGCAUUCGACAACUGAAACCUGGUCCAACGAGACGACAGACAACGGGUACUUUACUGCUGGAAGACUCUUAAACGUCGUCGCCGAUGGUAAAAAUCCAUCUCUGAAUUUGUAAUUUUCGCCGAAAUGCUAUUAUUCACAUAAAAUACUCACUUUAUAUUUUUACACUGUACAGCAUAAUUGUUAUUGAAACGAAAAAUUAUUUGUUAAUUUUUAAACAUCAGUAUUCUCGCUAUAUAACUGUAAAUAUAUAUAUAUAUAAUAUAUUAAUAUACAUACCUAUAUUACUAUGUAAAUUACCUACAUUAGAUUUAGAAAUGAGUGACAAAUUGGGACUUUGAGUAGAUGCGUAGUUUGCGCGUCUUGUCCCAUUAUAACACAAUAUUUAUUAUUUACCAAUAAGUACCUAUAUAGUUGUUUUACAUUUUUAACUAUUUUUUAAUGUUCGUUGUCGUGUACAUAUCACUAUUAUAAUAAUGUAGUUUUUAAUUAUUAAUUUUUUUUUCAUUGAACCACAAAGCGUAGUAUGCGUAAUAUGCAUAAUACAUUCAUAAUACAUAUUAUAAUAUAUUAGGUAAUUUGUAUAAUAUAUUUAUUUAAAUUUUAAAAGUGUUUAAUAAGAUAUAACCUAUUUGUAUAAUAAUUAGGCGCACUUUUAAUAUCUGUCGUUUACUAUCGUUCAAUAUUUACUCGACAUAUUUAUUUACAUAAUGUUAAUUUUUAUAUAAAAUAAUUUGUACCUAACUAUUAUAUAUAGAAGUUGGUGAAUAAUUUUUAUCCCUUCACCUACAAAGUUAAACAAAUUUCUAUAGACGUAGGUAAAUUUGAAUAGGUAUAUUAUCCCGUAUAGUAUACGUAUUCUAUAAUACAUGGAUGUUUUUUAAAAUUUUUUUUUUA